AUGGGCAAUGUGGUGACGCAAAGCUGCUGCCAUGCGCACGCCAAGCUGCAUCCUGUUGACAAGAUUGUGAAUCUAUUGCUGGGCUGCUUCUUACCACUGGAGAAAGCAGUCGCCGGCAGCACAGAGGAUGUGCGGCUGAAGCUUCUAUCAGACUGCCGCAAAGCGCACGAGAAGAUGAGCAAGUCUUACGAAAAGAAUGUGAAGGGAACAUGGAAAGUCGAGGAACGAGAACUGCCUCGUCGUCAUGGGCAGGGGGGCCCGAUACAAGUUGCUGUCCACGAACCUCUGGAACGCGGGGCUAGACAAGAUUUGCCUCUGAUCGUUUGGGCGCACGGAGGAUGCAUGACGUUGGGAGACCGGCACGAUUCCUGGGGCAGCCAAUUCUUCAAGGCUCUCACAGCCAAGAUCGGACCCUUCUGCUGGGCCUCUGUAGAAUACAGAUUGGCGCCAGAGAGCAAAUUCCCCGCUUGCAUUGAUGACUUUACAUCUGCCUAUGUGUCCUUGGCCGACGCAGACCUGUCCCAAGAGUUCGGCUACGACGUGAAUCGCAUGAGCAUCAUGGGCGUAUCUGCUGGGGCUCUUGUUGCAGCACAUGCGGCCCUGCGACUGGACACUGGCUACAAGCCGCCCCUGGCAUUUUUGUAUCCCAUGGUUGACCCGGAGAUGCGAAGCAGGUCCCACGCUCUCUUCGGGGGUCUUCCAGCCUGCCCCUCCAGGUACCUGCGGCUGAGCUGGGACUGGCUGCUGGCCGAGGAGGGUCAGGUUACUGCCCGGCGCCUGGAAGAAGCGAACCUGCUCACAGCCAGCUGGAUGCCACUCAGUAGACGCAAGGUGCUGGUGCUCCUCGGAAUCUACGAUUGCCUCCAUGACGAGGGCCAGGCUUUGGCCCAGCGCUGUGCACAGGGAGGCCUUCGUGUGACCACCGUGCAGUCGGAGGGGUCCCACGCUGUUGGACACAUGGUGGACAAGAAAGCGCAGACGCAGCUUUUUGAGGAGCUGGCCGUGCUCCUGAAAUAA